AGUUAAUAUUUUCUGGAGAGUACACGAAAGCCAUGUCCAAAGACUGGCAUUCGGGGCACUUCUGUUGCUGGCAAUGCGACGCAUCGCUGACUGGCUUACGGUAUGUGCUUCGAGAGGAACACCCGUUUUGUGUCAAAUGCUUCGAACAGAUCCACGCGAAUGUCUGCGAAGAGUGUACGAAACCAAUUGGCAUCGACUCCAAGGACUUGGCCUAUAAGGAGAAGCAUUGGCACGAGACUUGCUUUUUAUGCCAUACCUGCAAGAAGUCACUUGUGGACCAACAGUUUGGGUCGAAAAACGAGCGCAUCUAUUGCGCCGACUGUUAUGACGUGGAGUUUGCCUCUCAUUGCGACGGAUGCGGAGAGAUAUUCAAAGCC